CGGGGGCGGAGCCGAGGCAGCCGGCACUUAGUCCUCCCCUCCCCUCCCUCCCCAGCCUUCCCCGCGAGCGGACGCGCUAGCGCCUCUGUCUCGCUUUUUCUUAUUUUUCCCCCUCCCUUUUCCCCACUUUUUUUUCUCCCUUUUUCUCCCCUUCCCCCCUUUCACCAUUUCCCCUCGGAGGCGCUUCCCCCGGGCAGGGGCAGAGCCGGUCUCCCCCUCCGCCUCUCCCCGGCCCCCGCCGCCCUAUGGCGAGAGGGAGCCCCCUCCUCACCCGGGCACCAGCGGCGGCGGUUGGAGGAGCGGGACCGGCGGCGGCCUCGGGUCCAGAGUCAGCAUGGAACUAACUCGCUGAACGAGCCACCGGCCGCCGGCGUGCGUCCCGCUCCAGCGCCCGCUCCCCACUCCCCCGGGCCCGGCUCCCGCUCUCCUCUCCUCUGUCUGCCCGGUCCUGGUGUCGCGCGUCCCGAGCGUCGCGCGCUGAGGGAAAAUGAGGUGGUAACGGGCCCCCGGAUGACCCCGUGUCACCACUGUGAGGCCUACAGCUCCGCCGGGGAGGAGGAGGAGGAAGAGGAGGAAGCGGAGGAGAAGGUAGCUACAUCAAGCUGGGUGGCAGGCAGCUCCGAAGGAUAUCAUGAAGUUUCCAGGACCUUUGGAAAACCAGAGAUUGUCUUUCCUAUUGGAAAAGGCAAUCUCUAGGGAAGCCCAGAUGUGGAAGGUGAAUGUGCCGAAAUUACCUACAAAUCAGAAUGUUUCUCCAUCCCAGAGAGAUGAAGUAAUUCAGUGGCUGGCCAAACUCAAGUAUCAGUUCAAUCUUUAUCCAGAAACAUUUGCUCUGGCCAGCAGUCUUUUGGACAGGUUUUUAGCUACUGUAAAGGCCCACCCGAAAUAUUUGAGUUGUAUUGCCAUCAGCUGUUUUUUCCUAGCUGCUAAAACUGUUGAAGAAGAUGAGAGAAUUCCAAUAUUGAAAGUAUUGGCAAGAGAUAGUUUCUGUGGAUGUUCCUCAUCUGAAAUUCUGAGAAUGGAGAGAAUUAUCCUGGAUAAGUUGAACUGGGAUCUUCACACAGCCACACCAUUGGAUUUUCUUCACAUUUUCCAUGCCAUUGCUGUGUCAACAAGGCCACAGUUACUGUUCAGUUUUCCCAAACUGAGCCCAUCUCAGCAUUUGACCAUCCUCACCAAGCAACUGCUUCAUUGUAUGGCCUGCAGCCACCUUCUGCAGUUCAAAGGAUCCAUGCUGGCUCUUGCCUUGGUUAGUUUGGAAAUGGAGAAACUAAUUCCCGAUUGGCUUCCUCUUACAAUUGAACUGCUUCAGAAAGCACAGAUGGAGAGCUCCCAGCUGAUCCACUGUCGGGAGCUUGUGGCACAUCACCUUUCCACUCCGGAGUCUUCCCUGCCUCUAAAUUCCGUUUAUGUCUACCGUCCCCUCAAGCACACCCUGGUGACCUGUGACAAAGGAGUGUUCAGAUUACCUCCCUGUGUCCCAGGCCCAGGUUUCUCCAAGGACAGCAAGCCCGAAGUGCCAGUCAGAGGUGUAGCAGCUCUCUACCAUCAUCUCCAAGCUGCCAGCAGGUGCAAGCAUACCUCUGCUAAACGUAAAGUAGAGGAAAUGGAAGUGGAUGACUUCUACGAUGGAAUCAAGCGGCUCUAUAAUGAAGAUAAUGCAUCAGAAAAUGUGGGUUCUGUGUGUGGCACUGAUUUAUCAAGACAAGAGGGGCCUGCUUCCCCUUGUCCACCUUUGCAGCCUGUUUCUGUCAUGUAGUUUGAGCAGGUGUUACCUUCAGGUGCAAACUAAGGUAGACAACUCCAGGAAUGAGAACAAGGGAAAGUCAGCAAGCCUAUGGAUAUGUACCUUACCAGGCUGAUCUGAAGUGAGCCAGAAACAAACCCCAGCCCAUUGACCUGUGUGGCUAAUUUUAAUUGAACACUUCACAGAAAGAUCACUAUAUAUAGAUAGAUACGUAUGUCUAUCUGUAUCUACUUUAAAAUACCCAAAAUAUUUUUAAAAAGUAAAAAAAGAAAAAAAAUUCCUUGUAGUAUGUCAGUUCUAUUCUCUGUUAAAAUGUAAUGUAGUUUGCCCUGUGUCAAAUUUACUUUAAAAUUCUAGAAUUCAUAGCUUGCAAAUCCUG